CGCUCAGCUGCUCGACUGAUCCAUUUAAUCUUGAACGAGCAGUACGGCGAGAAACAACGGCAUUUAUGCCCGAGAGGAACACGGCCGACGGUAUGAGUAAGUCCGGGGAGGACAACCUGAGGCAUCUCAACUUCCAGCAGACUGUAGAGUUUAAUGGACAGGAGGAUCAACAUUCAGUUGGAUUAUGUAGCACAAAUGUGACCAUUAUCCCUUCUCCUGGUGAUCAUAACCAUGGUAGUUCUAAAGUGAAGUUGAAAAAUAUUGUUGACUUCACAUGGGAUCAUCAUCUUUACACAGGCCAGUUGUUGGCUGUUCAUGUAUCUGGAAAAUAUUUAGCUUAUGGUUUAAAAGUUGGUACCGGUGGUGGGGUAGUCCGUGUUGUAUACAAGGAUUUAGAACAUAGAUCUCUGCUGCGAGGAAUGCGUGGUGUUAUUCAAGAUCUUGCAUUUGCUCAUGUUGCAAAUGCAAUUCUUGCGUGUAUCGAUUAUACAGGAUCACUUUUUAUACACACAAUUGAACCUACACCGUCUGAAUUAUUAUGUAGUUUAGUAUUACAAGUAGACGCAGAAGAUGUUUCUCCAACUAGUCACAGAGUGAUUUGGUGCCCAUACAUCCCGGAGGAGGAUGCUUCUGAUGGAGAUGAAGUAUCAAAAUUAUUAGUCCUAACACGUGGUUCCAAGGUUGAAUUGUGGUCGGUUGCAACAAUAGCAUCAAACUUUAGAUCAGUAGAGGCAACAGAUCCAAGUGUUAAAGAAAGUGGUGGCAUGAUGGAAAUUAAUCAGCACUCGGGAAGUAUUGUUGAAGUCGCCCUUAGUCCAGAUGGCACUGCAUUGGCAACGGCUAGUACAGAUGGAGAAGUAAAAUUCUUUCAAGUCUUCCUUCAUAGUAAUUCUCACAAUGGCAAUCCGCAACCACGUUGUUUACAUCAAUGGAGGCCUCACGGAGGACGGCCCAUUUCCUGUCUGUUUUUCCUUGAUGAUCAUAAAAAUUAUCAACCUGAUGUUCAAUUUUGGAGAUUUGCUGUGACGGGGUGUGACAAUAAUUCAGAAUUAAAAGUAUGGUCGUGCGAAAUGUGGACUUGUUUACAAACAAUCAAAUUUGCUCCAAAUCCUUCCACGGGCAAAAUACCGGUACUAAAAGCAGGCUUAGAUCUUGGUGCUGGAUAUCUGUUUUUAUCAGACAUAUAUAAUAAAAUUUUAUAUAUAUUAAGUCUUACGAAAGAUAAAAAUGAAGCGUUAGCUUGCAUAAGCACGGUAUCAGAGUUUCUCCUACCAUAUCCAAUUCUAAGUUUCGGAAUUGUCGAUGCUGAUCAACGUAAAAUACGGUCGACUGGUGAAUCAUUAGAAGAUCUAUGUGAAGAGAUUGAGGAAAACGAAGAACAACUUGUUAUUUACAUGUAUCUAGUCCAACCAAAGUCGUUACAAGAAUGUCACAUUGCUUUUAAACCUGCCUCGCAAGCAAGCAAUUAUCUUAUAGAUACACUUGCUCAUGAUACGCUGGAAUAUUCUGAAGAUAUGCCAGAUAUGGGAACCGUUACUCACAACGGUAUGUCCGGAGAAAAUUGUGAGGGAGAACGAUCUUUAUCUUCAGCAAUUGAAACAACAAUUAAUCAUAAUACUGGUGGCUUAAACUUAAUGACGCCUGAUGCAUUUAGUUCACCUGCAAAAAAAGAUAACAACGAAUUGGAGUCUAAUCCAGGGAGUCCAGAUUUGAGGAAAGUCUUGUCAAGUAGUCCUCUUGCACAAGCGGUGCAAGCUUUGAACGCAUCUGAUCCACCACUAGUAAAAAAUGAUAUAGAAGAGCAAGCUCCUGCAAGUUGUGGAAGCAGUCCAUCUAGAGAAGUAAGGGAAAUUUUAUCUCUUACCAAACCAGAUGAAGAAACUGAUAUCGACGGCAAGCAGGAAAUAAAAACGAAUGCCGAUGAAGAUUGGUCUAAUAUCCCGAUGGUCUUGCUUAAAGAUGUUAGUGUGCAUGCGAUGCAAGAGUCUGAAGAAUUUCCCGAAGAUGAUGAAAAUAAUAUGCAGAGGCAAAAGACAAAAGUUGAACCGAAGACGUCGUCUCUUCCUACCGAUGAUCCUGGAUUAUCAUGGCGAACAAACGAUAUUGAACUAAAUAAUAAAUUGAAAUCUAUUUUAGAUAUAAUUCAGGAUCAGUGUCAAGAACUAAAAGAGUUACGUACAGAGGUUACUAGAUUACGGCAAGAAUCACCAGUAUCCACGCGAAUAGAAUCUGCAUUGGCGAGAAUGUCUCAGCAGCAAAAUGCGAACUUGGAACAAACUCUAUAUGAUCAAAUGACUCGUCAACAUGAAUUUCUAAAUACAUUUGAAACAACGAUCAAAGAUAAGAUUGAAAGUACCUUACCGUGUAUAGUUGAAGAAACAGUAAAGCCUUUGAAGCAUCAAAUGAGAUUAGACGCAAAUCAAAUGGAUGAACUCUUCCAGAAGAAUAUAACUGAAUUGAUAAAUAGUUCACAUGUAAAAGAUACCUUAUCUUUGACAGCUGCAAAUGCAGCAAAACCAGCUUUGGAAGUUACUUUUAAAGAAGCAUUUACAACUGUCCUCUUACCUAAUAUGGAAAAGGUUUGCCAAAUUAUGUUUAAGCAAAUCCAAGACGUCUUCAUUAAAGGUACUCGCGAAUAUUUACAACAUAUUGAUACAGUUAUCGAUAAACAGAAUCAACGUCAUAAUGAGCAGUUAAGCGAAAUGUUAUCAACAUUGGUACGCGAAGAAAUACAAACUGAAUUGAAUAGAGUUUUAACGACGAUGCAAGAUAGUACUAUACGAACAAUUCGUGAUUCUAUACGAGAAAAUCUAAAUCAGCAACUUACAGAAAUUUCUACUGCGCGAUCAAGAGCUACAACCCCUGCUAUACCUGUAACCGCUGUAGCUGAUGCUCAAUCACGUGUUAUGUCUCUUCUUCAAAGAGGUCAAUUAAACGCCGCUUUUCAACAGGCUUUGAGUGCAAGUGAUUUGGGAUUGGUAGUACUAGUGUGUGAAAAAACAGAACCUUCAAGAGUAUUUUCGUGUACAGCACAAGGUUCACGAUGCAUUUUGCAGCAACCCGUGAUUCUUUCUCUCGUACAACAAUUAUCUGCUGAUUUAGGACAUCGUACAGAAUUGAAACACAGGUGGUUGGAAGAAGCAAUAUUAAAUUUAGAUCCAAGUGAUCCCGUAACACGAGAACAUAUGGGCACGGUGCUAAUGACUCUACAAAAUCAAUUGGCUACAUUUGUAGCAAGUAAUCCGAAUCAUCGAUCGACGAGUCGCAUGAAAAUGCUCGCUAUGGCUACACGUGCAUUAUUAAGUCAGCAUCCUUGACCAUCACGUUUGUGAGAUUAUUCAAGUAUAUGAUAUAAGAUUUUUAAUUUUUUCUGUUUAAAGACUACUUUUGUCUAAAAGCAAUAUUAACAAAAGUCAUGUUUAAGACUGUGUGUGGUAGUAAUUUUCAUAUAGAAUAUACAGAUACAGAUGUAUGCGAAGCCAUUACCAUUCACACUAUUUUAACAAACAUUUAGAUUCAGUUUAAUUCUAUUUAACAGAUACACACAUAUAUUUAA